CUUGCUCUCUUAAAUGUACUUUUGUCCUCAGGCCAUCAGGCCUCCCAUGUGCUACCCCUUUCAUCCACGAGCCCGCUCUCUCAUUUCUCAUCCUAAACUUGUCCAUUGCGACGUCUUUCAAUUAUUAUUUUGAUGAUGCCCCUUCCCCCUCCAUAUUCAUCUUCCAUAUUUCCUCUCAACUCAUCAAACCAUGCCCCUAUUCCCAUGCGCCCACCAUGCCCCUCUCAAGCAACCUCCCUCUCUCAAGGCCGGUUGCCGCCCUCCUGCGAGAACCGGAGGCGACACCGAUGGCCGCCUCACCCAAAGAGGAGCACAGCUGCUAUGCAUGCACCCAGGCUGGCGCCCCGGCCUUCCACUCUAUCAGUUGCGAGCAUACGAACGGGCAGCUUCACUGGGAUCCUGGGUCCGGGUCCCACCUCAUCCCCAUCAAGCCCAGCCUCUCCACUGUGCAGCCUCACCGGGCCAGGGCUCAUGGCACUAGCAAAGUGCUCGACCCCCGUAGCCCCAAGGUCCAGAAGUGGAACCGGGCGGUGCUCCUGGUCCGAGCAUUGGCUCUCGCCAUUGAUCCUCUGUUCUUUUAUUCUUUGACGGUGGCUCGAGAGAGAGGGCUCUGCCUGUACAUGAACUGGAAGCUUGCCGGCGCAGUGAUGGUUCUGCGGACGUCCGCGGACGCAUUUCACGUCGGCCACAUUUGGACGCAGUUCAGGCUGGCGUACCUGUCGCGGGAGUCGCUCGUGGUCGGGUGCGGCCGCCUCGUGUGGGACCCACGUGCGGUGGCAUCCCACUACGUGAGGUCACUGAAAGGCUUCUGGUUCGACCUCUUCGUCGUCCUUCCGGUUCCACAGGCUGUAUUCUGGUUUGUAGUACCAGGCCUUAUAGAGGAGGAGAAAAUGAAGGAAAUAAUGACUAUACUUCUGCUCAUUAUCAUGUUCCAAUAUUUGCCCAAGGUUUACCACAGCCAUUGCUUGAUGAAGAGGAUGCAAAAUGUGACAGGCUACUUAUUUGGCACCAUUUGGUGGGGCUUUGCCCUCAAUCUCAUUGCUUAUUUCAUUGCCUCUCAUGCUGCUGGAGGAUGUUGGUACGUGCUAUCCAUCCAACGCGUGGCUUCUUGCGUGAAACGCAUGUGUGAAAUGAAUGGCACGUGUGACCUAGUUCCAUUGGCUUGCUCAAAGAAAACGUGCGGUGGGGUUGUCUCUUGUGCUAGUAAUCGGACGGCCACGAUUCCAGGGCCAGGUAUCUGCCUGAAUGAAGACGGUCCAUUUCGCUAUGGAAUUUAUAGGUGGGCCCUGCCUGUGGUGACGAGUCCAUCCCUCGCUGUCAAAAUUCUUUAUCCAAUUUUUUGGGGUCUAAUGACACUAAGGUUACUCCACAACCUUACUACAAUUUCCAUAUUUUUAGCUAUCUUGGUUUCCAAAUGCGUCUAUCUCUCUCUUGAUCUAAGUGUCUUUCUCUCUGUAAAAGUGCAGGUUUUCCUGCAUGGGGUGAUGGCAAAGAAGAGGAUGAUGCAGCGUAGAGUGAGUGACAUGGAGUGGUGGAUGAAGAGAAGGCAGCUUCCAUCACGACUUAGGCAGAGGGUGAGGCACUAUGAGCAGCAAAAGUGGGCUACAAUGAAAGGAGAGGAUGAGAUGGAAAUGAUCAAAGACCUUCCCCAAGGCCUGCGCCGAGACAUCAAACGACAUCUCUGCCUUGAUCUCAUCAAGCAGGUUCCCUUGUUUAAGAGCUUAGAUGACCUUAUCCUCGACAACAUAUGCGACAGAGUCAGGCCCCUGGUGUUUUCCAAAGAAGAGAAGAUAAUAACGGAAGGUGAUCCAGUGCAAAGGAUGGUGUUCAUAGUGAAGGGUCACCUGAAGCGCAGUCAGAAGCUCAGUAAGGGCAUGACUGCCACAUGCACUCUGGGCCCUGGAAACUUCCUUGGUGAUGAGCUCUUCUCAUGGUGUCUCCGGCGGCCCUUCGUGGACCGCCUCCCACCCUCCUCAGCCACUUUUGUGAGCCUUGAGCCCACCGAGGCCUUUGCCUUGGAAGCCCCCGACCUCAAGUACAUUACUGAACAUUUUCGAUACAAAUUCGCGAAUGAGAGGCUCAAACGCACAGCCAGGUAUUAUUCAUCAAACUGGCGCACAUGGGCCGCCGUGAACAUACAACUAGCAUGGCGCAAGCACAAGAAAGCAAUGACAGUGACCAUUGUUGCUCAGGAUGAUGAGCGUCGUCUGCGUCGCUAUGCCUCCAUGUUCUUGUCCCUCAGGCCCCAUGACCACCUCGAGUAGGUAGGGCCAGCCUCCAUCGGUUGCUUGUUUGUAGAGAAUUCAAUGAAAAAUUUCAAAAUAAGCAGUCAAAGAAAUUAAAAGGAAAAUUACAGUUCUCUUUUUCGGGGAGAAGGGACCAUGCUUAAGUCACCUUGUUGUCCCAUUCUUGGUUGAUGGACUGUCUGGUUUUUUGAUGGGUGUGAAUCGAUUGUAAGAUUUGUGGCAAUUUUGGUUUUUUGAUAGUUUUUAAAAAAUUUAAAUAGAUUUCUCCCCUGAAAAAUAUAAGCAGUGACUGUGCUGCACAGUACGACAAUUUUGCAUCCA